AUGAGGAAGCGAAGGUCAACUGAGAAUAAAAGCAAGUCAUUGGAGUUCUCGUCACGAUUCAGAUCGCAGAGAAACAAACACUCCAAUUUCAGAGUCACUGCAGAGAGAGAGAGAAGCAUGGAAGGUGAAUUUUGCGAGUGCAGACCAUUGGGUUUCGUGAUUGGAUCACCCUUCGCUCUGCUUUCAUCGGUUUUUUGUCCUGUGGGUGCUAUCAUCUGGCUUCUUGGGUCAAUAUUGAGUUGCUUGUGUCCAUGUUGCAAAGGUUGUGGAGAAUUGAGCAACGUUGGUGUGGGUCUUGUAAAGUUUCCAAUUAAAGUUCUUAGAUGGUUCAUAGAUUGUAUUCCUUGCUAG